AUGUUUUAUUGUGGGAGAAAAGUCGUGUGGACAUUGUUUUUGGUGUUGGCGUGCCUCUUGGUUAGAACAAAUGGUAGUAACCACUUGCGCCGGAGGCUCGUGAGGUGCGAAGAACGGGGGGAUAGUAAUCACGGUUCUUCAAGACGGUGCCGGGGUUACUACGCAUGCCCGGCCGAGUGUCCACAAGCUUGCUUUGUGGAUUGUCGUCUUUGCAGGGCUGUUUGUCGAUGCGACAUUCCGGGUGCGGUGUGCCAAGACCCUCGAUUCAUCGGCGGCGACGGGGUGAGCUUCUACUUCCACGGCCGCAAGGGCCACCACUUCUGCCUAGUCUCCGAUGCCCAUCUCCACAUCAACGCCCAUUUCAUUGGCAAAAGAAGCCCCCGUCUCACCCGGGACUUCACUUGGGUCCAAUCCAUCGGCGUCAUGUUCCGCAACCACACCCUCCUCAUCGCCGCCCAAAGGACCCCCACCGCAUGGGACGACGCCCUCGACCGCAUCGCCAUCACCCUCGACGGCACCCCCGCCGACAACUCCACCGCCCUAAUCACCAUCGUCUCCCGCACCACCAACGCCGCGCUCGUCCAAGUGGCCGGGGCCGUCGAGAUCGCGGCGGCGGCGGUCCCCGUGACGGCGGAGGAAUCGAGAGCGCACGGCUACGGCGUGGCGGAUGAUUGCUUGGCGCACUUGGAGCUAGGGUUUAAAUUUUACAAUUUGAGCGAUGCGGUGGAGGGGGUGCUGGGCCAGACUUACAGGACUGGCUACGUCAGCAGGGUUAACGUCAGCGCCGCCAUGCCGGUGAUGGGCGGGGCCCACAAGUUCCGGACGUCCGGGAUUUUCAAGACGGACUGCCGCGUCUCUCGCUUCCGGAAGGCUUAAGGCAGUCUGCCAUGGAUAUAUAUACAUGUAUGGAAUUCACCAAUUAGUCGUGUCGAUCGAAUCA